AAAGCAGUGACUGGCAGAGCUGUCUGAAACAGACGUCCAUACUUGUGUGGCCAGAGCACAAUAGUUGGCUGUUGAGACUCACAUAAUCUCGGAAAUUCAAGCAAGCACCCAGAAUGGAAGCCAACAACAAUGGAAUGAAAAGCGGACCUGAAGACAAAGCUCAUGCUCCAGAUAUAAGUGUGACGCGGGAUAGUGAGGUACAGCUCACUAUCCCAAAGGACCCCAAGUCGACUCCCAGUCAUGCAGAUCGCUUCGUCAGGUCCGUUGAGAAUGGAGCACGCAAACCUGACGACACGGCGAAACCGGCUGCUGACAAGGAGAAAACUAUUCCACCAAAACUUCAGAUCACGGUCAGCGCAUUCACCGUCAAAUGUGGGGCGGCUCUGAAGGUAGACCUCCCAGUGACUGGACUGCCUAAACCAAAGAUCGAAUGGAAAAAAGAUGGUCUUGCGAUAAAGGAGACUUCGAGACUGGAGGUUUCACGCACAGCGUCGUCGACGAGCCUUCGUAUCAAAGAUGCAAAUAGGGAUAAUUCCGGCCAUUACACCAUCACAGCGAGUAACAGCUCAGGGACCGCGAAUGGAGCAAUAACAAUAGUUGUUCUAGAAAGGCCUGGGCCACCCACAGCACCCGUAAAGAUCGAGGAAGUCAGCUCAGACUUUGUCUCCAUCUCUUGGGAGCCACCGGAAUACACAGGCGGCUGCCAGAUAGACAACUAUGUGGUGGAGAAACGCGACACCUCGUCCACAGACUGGCAGAUAGUCUCAGCAACAACAGUCAGGACCGCAAUUAAAGUCCCCAGGCUAAAGACAGGGCAUGAGUACCAGUUCAGAGUGUUUGCUGAAAAUAGAUAUGGAAGAAGUACCCCAAUCAGUUCCCCCAACGUCAUUGCACAGUAUCCCUUCAGUAAGCCAGCAGCCUCUGGCACCCCACGCGUCACCACAGUGACCAAGAACAACAUGGUGGUUGAAUGGGAGCCUCCCACCAGCGAUGGGGGGAGUCCUAUCAUUGGUUACCACCUCGAACGGAAGGAGAAGAACAGCAUUUUGUGGACCAAGUUGAACAAGCUUGUUAUUCCCGAUGCUCGUUUCAAAACAUCUGGGCUGGAGGAAGGCAUUGAAUAUGAGUUCAGAGUCUUAGCAGAGAACAUUGCUGGACCCGGCCUGUAUAGUGAGAUAUCUGAGUGCUACGUGGCUAGAGAUCCAUGUGACCCACCUGGGACACCAGAGGUGGUUGUCAUUACAAGAGACCAUGUCACCCUACAGUGGGCAAAACCCAAGAGCGAUGGAGGGAGCACCAUCACUGGCUACCUUGUAGAAAAGAAGGACCUGCCAGAUGGUAAAUGGAUGAAGGCCAAUUUCAUCAAUGUCAUUGAAACCCAGUUCACAGUCACAGAUUUGACUGGUGGCGAUAGGUACGAGUUCAGAGUCACUGCCAGAAACGGUGCUGGUGUUUGGAGCAGUCCUUCCAGGAGUACAACUGUGACCGCCGAGGAUGUCAUAGAGGCCCCAACCAUAUCCUUGGAUGCUAAGUACAACAGCACGUAUGUGAUUAAGGCUGGCGACACCUUUACUAUUGAUGCCAACUAUUCAGGAAAGCCACUCCCACAAGUCAGGUGGCUAAAGGAUGGAAGGGAAAUCGAUAAAAGUACACCCAAAAUGGAGGUCAAAACCGACCUCACCCGCACAAUUCUGACUGUCAGGGACAGUGCACGCGUGGAUGGGGGAAACUAUGCCUUAAACGUCAAUAACAUGGGCGGAACUAAAACUGUUCCGGUAAAUGUAAAGGUCCUGGAUAGACCGGGUCCUCCAGCUGGACCUCUCAAAGUCAAAGUGGUCAGUGCAGAGAAGUGCACUCUUUACUGGAACCAGCCCAUGAAUGAUGGUGGAGCCAGUGUGACCCACUAUGUUAUUGAGAAGAGGGAAACUAGCCGUGUCUCCUGGACUGUAGUCGAGCCAUCAAUUGAAAGCAUCAGUUACAAAGUGAAUAACCUGGUGUCCGGCAAAGAGUACAUAUUCAGAAUUAUUCCCGUCAAUAAAUAUGGUGUUGGUGAACCCCUUGAGUCGGAUCCCUUUGUGGCACAAAACCCUUUCACAACACCAAGUUCACCAUCUGCCCCUGAAGCGAGUGCCGUUACGGGGGACUCUGUACUGCUGACGUGGCAUAGGCCAGAAAGUGAUGGCGGAUCCGAGAUUGAUGGGUACAUCCUUGAGAAACGUGACAAAGACGGUAUCAGGUGGUCUAAAUGCAACAAGAGAAGGCUGAAUGAUUUGCGUUUCCGGUGCCCAGGACUCAGUGAAGGACAUUUCUAUGAGUUUAGAGUAUCGGCCGAGAAUGCUGCUGGCGUGGGUGCACCCAGUGUUCCGAGUGAAUACAUUAAGAUUUGUGAAGCUACGUACCCACCAGGACCUCCCACCAACCCAAAAGUCACUGACCACUCCGGCACUACUGUGUCUCUGGCCUGGUCCAAGCCCAUCUACAAUGGUGGAUCAACCAUAACAGGAUUUGUAGUCAAGAUGAAAGAGGCUACAGACGAUGACUGGACAACAUGCAUGCCCCCUACUGGAGGGGAGGACACCACAUACACCGUCAAGAGACUGAGAGAGAAUGCAGAGUAUAACUUUUGUAUUUGUGCAGUAAACCUUGCUGGCCAUGGAGAAUAUGUGGAUCUACCUGGCCCAGUGAUGGCUGCAGAAAAACUGGAGGCACCUGAGAUUGAGUUGGAUGCUGAGUUACGAAAGAUUGUGAACGUUCGUUCCUGUUCUACCCUCCGUCUUCUGGUUGCCAUUAGAGGGAGGCCAGAUCCAGUGGUCAAAUGGUCAAAAGCAGAGGGCCCUCUCAAUGAACGCGCUCAUAUUGAGGUAACCAGCUCCUACACUGAGUUACUGAUUGAAAAUGUCAACAGACUUGACUCAGGCAAGUAUGUGUUGACACUUGAAAACUGCAGUGGAUCCAAGUCAGCCUUCAUCAAUGUAAGCGUGCUAGAUUCACCAAGCGCACCAACAAAUUUAGUAGUUAAGGAUGUAAAGAGAGACUCAGUAUCCAUUUCGUGGGAGCCACCUCACAUUGACGGAGGUGCAAAGAUCUCACACUACAUUGUUGAGAAGAGAGAGGAGGCCAGAAUGACAUUUACUGCUGUCUGUAGCAACUGUGUAAGGAACUCAUGCAAGAUUGGAAAUCUACAAGAAGGAAGCUUUUACUCUUUCCGGGUGCUUGCUGUGAAUGACUUUGGUGUUGGACUUCCAUUGGAGACAACUGACAGCGUCAAGAUAUCGGAGGCUCCAUUGUCUCCUGGUAAAAUCACAGCCGAGGAUGUUACCUCCAACAGUGUCAGACUUGUAUGGGAGAAGCCGGACCACGAUGGAGGAAGUAAAAUCACAUGUUAUAUUGUGGAGAUGCAGGCCAAGGAAGAUGACACGUGGACAGUGUGUUCUGAACUCAAAGCACUAGAAACUACAAUAAAUGGGCUCACAACAGGAAGGGACUAUUUCUUCAGAGUGACCGCAAUGAAUGAUCAGGGAAAGAGUGAGCCUAAGCCCUUGUUGACCCCUGUUUCUAUAAAAGACAACAAUGUUGGACCUAUCAUUAAUUUGAUGUGCACCGCAUUCAGUGUGAGAGCAGGAAACGAUCUGAAAAUCAACGUUCCCUUUAAAGGUACACCACAACCAGAGGUGGUUUGGGUAAAAAAUGGCGAAACACUAAAAGAGACAAAUAGGGUAAAUGUACGUACAUCUGAGAUUUCCUCUGAAAUAACCAUUAAAGAAGCAAUUAGAACGGAUGUAGGAGAAUACAAGAUCAAAUUGACCAACUCAUCUGGAUCAAAAUCAGCAAACAUAUUUGUCAAUAUUCUUGAAACCCCUGGACCGCCAAGUGACCUCAGUAUUGAUGAGAUCAGCGCUGACUAUGUUUCUCUUUCAUGGCAGCCUCCAUUGUACCGUGGUGGCUGUGAAGUCGAUAACUAUGUUAUCGAGAAGAGAGACGCAACAUCCUCCACAUGGCAAACUGUAUCAGCUACGAUGGCUAGAACGUCGAUCAAGAUCUGCCGUCUCACUCAGGGCACAGAAUAUCAGUUUCGUGUCGCAGCAGAAAACCGAUAUGGGAAGAGUAACUUUGUUGACUCCGAACCGGUUGUUGCCCGGUUUCCCUUUGAACCUCCAGGCCCUCCAGCCUCUAUCCAUGUAGCCAAUGCCUCAAAAUCUGUCAUGCUGGUCGAAUGGAGCCAGCCAGAGAGUGAUGGAGGAAGCCCAGUGACUGGCUAUCACAUUGAAUACAAAGAUCAAAGCAGCAUCCUUUGGAUAAAGUUAAACAGAAUUCCUCUCACUGAGAACCAGUUGAAGGUCACAAGCAUUCAAGAGAGCCUGAUAUAUGAGUUCCGUGUUUGUGCUGAAAAUAUGGCGGGAGUUGGGCCCUGCAGUAAGGCUUCUGAACCUGUGGCAGCAAGAGAUCAGUGUGAUCCUCCGACAAACCUCACAGUUACCAGCAUAACCAGUAGCUCCGUUUCCCUCUCCUGGGACAAACCACAAUAUGAUGGUGGUGCCAAAAUAACCGGUUACAUCGUGGAACGCAAAGAGCUCCCACAGAGCUGUUGGCUCAAGUGCAACUUUACAAAUCUACAGGAGACCUGCUUUGACGUGACAGGCCUCACUGAGGAUGAUCAAUAUGAUUUUCGAGUUAUUGCCAAGAACGCAGCUGAACUCCUAAGUCCACCAUCGAAAUGCACUGGACCCGUCACAGCCACGCAUGAUGUGGAUCCACCAAAUAUUGUCGUUAAUGAUAGAUGUAACCAGGUGGUGGUGGUCAACGCAGGAGUCCUCCUGAGAAUAGAUGCUACUAUCACAGGACGCCCCCAACCCAUGGCAUUGUGGUCUAAGAAUAGCAGGAGAAUUGACACCAAGGGAAGGUUCGAGAUAACCUCCACAAAGACACAGACCUCAUUACUUAUCAAAGAAAGUACCAGAAAAGACUCUGGACAGUACAUCCUGACUGUGCAGAACAGUGGUGGUACCACCUCUAAAACCUUCAGCUGCAAGGUGCUCGACAGACCGGGACCCCCAGCGGGUCCCCUGGCAAUAACUGGACUCUCAGCGGAAAAAUGCAUCCUGAAAUGGGGGCCCCCUACGGAGACGGGUGGGGCUGAAAUAAUGCACUACAUCGUGGAAAAGUGUGAAACCAGCCGCAUUGCGUGGACUCUGCUUCAUGGGGACCUGACGUCAACGACGUGCAAAAUCACCAAGCUUCUCAAAGGAAAUGAAUAUAUGUUCAGGGUGAGGGCAGUGAACAAAUACGGCGAGGGUGAGGUUCUCGAGAGCGAGCCCACAAAGGCAGUGGAUCAGUUCACCGUUCCAUCGGCUCCUACUGACGUCGAAGUUACAAGCGCAACAAGCGAAGCCAUGACCAUCUGCUGGAGGAGACCGGCCACUGACGGCGGCAGCAGCAUCAACGGUUACGUCAUUGAAAAGAGGGAAAAGCAGGGUCUUCGAUGGACCCGUGUCAAUAAAAAGCCUGUGUAUGACCUCCGGGUUAAGGCUUCCGGCCUGCGUGAAGGAUGCGAGUAUGAAUUCAGAGUCUUUGCAGAGAAUGUGGCAGGGCUAAGUGAGCCGAGUAUACUGUCCUCACUUACUUUGGCUGAGGAUCCAAAGUUUCUUCCGUCCCCACCAGCAAAGCCCCUCGUCAUCGAGUCCUCCAGGACCUCCAUCACCCUGUCCUGGAACAAGCCGCUGUUUGACGGUGGAGCAGUGGUGACCGGUUACAGGGUGGAGUACAGGAAAACAUCAGAGGACAGUUGGAGCGAAGCUGUUUCAAACACAGAGAACACAGAGUUCACAGUCACUGGGCUCACAUCCGGGGAGGAGUAUGUGUUUGUCGUCAGAUCUAUCAACAGAAUUGGCGCGAGUGAGCCCAGUCCUGAGACAGAUCCGGAGGUUGCCAUGGAGAGAGAGCAGAAACCCGAAUUUAACAUCAGCAAUGAGAUGCGCAAGGUGAUCCUUGUCAAAGCCGGCAGCUCUUUCACCUUGACAGUACCGUUUACUGGAAAACCUGCCCCAGAUGUGAGCUGGGACAAGGCGGAUGCAGAUUUGAGAAUCCGAGGACUCAUCAACACGUCUAGCUCUAUGACCUCCAUCACAGUGGAACAGGCCACACGCGACGACUCAGGAAAAUACAUAGUGAAACUGCAGAAUGUAGCUGGAACUGCAAGUCUUACCCUAAACGUAAGGGUUCUGGACUCCCCUGGUCCCCCGGCAAGCCUCGCCGUCAAAGAUGUGACCAUCAACAGUGUCACCGUUACCUGGGAUGCGCCUGAGAAUGAGGGAGGAGCCGCUGUGCAGAACUACCAUGUGGACAUACGCGACAUCAGCAGGAAAGGAUGGACCAACCUUACUAAGUCUUGCACACGUCUGUCCCAUCGCGUCUCUGAUCUGGUGGAGGGGGGCAUUUACUUCUUCAGGGUGACCGCGGAAAACGAGUACGGGGUCGGAGUCCCAGCUGAGACCAAGGAUGGAACCAAGAUGAUAGAAACUACAAGCUUGUAGCUGGGAAAGUCAACCUUCUCCACUCACCAACAAAUAUAUAAUGGGAUGGAUGUGAUGGAAAUCGAUUUGUCUUUUAAUUAUUAUUACAAAGUGGCUUAUAUAUAUAUAUAUAUAUAUAUAUAUAUAUAUAGUGGAUGAUAGGAAUAUUCUCCCAAAAUGCACUUUCCAUUUCAUUAAUAGUGACACAUUCUGGCACAAUGUUUUUUAAAUUUUGAUUAUGUGCUCAUAUACAUAUUUGUUUACUUUAGAUGAAAAGAUAUAUAGCUUGCAUUCCUUCCAAUAAGAAAUGAGUGGAUGAUGAUUCCUUUUGUUAUGAUAUUCAUGUUAUUUUGCCAGAGCAUAGGCCUAUCCGGAUUUGGAUUGCUAAGUUUCUGUUCCUUACCUCUCCUAUUUAUAGGAACAUCGACGCUCCCUUGUACGUGUGCUAUUACAUUGGACAUAUGAAGGGAGUCGGGACACUAUUAUUCUUCAUGGUAAAAAACGAUUUGACCACUUUGAGAUAUGAAUGCAAAACAAUUUAAACGCACCAGUGACCCUUGAUUUUCUGAGGCUAUAAAACGAUUGGUUUCAUACUGAAUAAGGUUAAACUUGGGAUAGGACUAACACAGUAGUAUCUUCUCCCUGAACUAGAAGAUACCAUUUACUGUAUUAAGUGACAAAGUAGGGUUUUCGCUGGACAAUGCAUUCAUACUAUUCUAUUGUAUUGCGCCAAAAGAUGAUGUACAAAUAUAAUUGCAAGCAACAAUGGCAAAGUCAGACAUAGUAUGGUGAGAUACAUUCGUUUUGGUGCUGUUUCUCACAACAUGUUGGGUUGAGGUGAGAUUCACACUGUAAACCUCCUGCAAUGCAUUUCUGACAUGCACUCAACCGCUGAGCUACAUGUAGGUGCCACCAUUAGGUUGGGACACCUAAUAAUAUAUAAUUAUUAUGUCAUCCUUUCAAACGUUGUGCCUUUUUAAUGUGUGCCUUGGGACUGCUGUAAGGAUCUAUCCAAGGAUGAUAAACAAAUGACUGAAUAAGUUAGUCUUAAGAGACUAAGCUAUUUGUGUUAUUUUCGUUGGUACAAAUGUAUUUGAAUGUUUUCGUCACAGAGUGAAGACGCCAUCUAUUGGCGAUUAGAUGCUAUUGCUUCAAUAAAAACCAAAGGACGCGGUGUAAAAUGUUUAUAACUUACUGGAUGUGUAUCUCCUCUACAUCAGAGAGAAGGUUCAGUGCUAUGGUUCUCUUAUGUUUUUGCAUAGCAAACAUUAUUCUGGAAUUAUAUUUCGCAAGUGGGAACUAUAACAAUUUGGAGUUAGAAUAAAGCCCCUUGCGCCCUCUGUCGGCCAAGGGGCCCACUGUCUCGCUCUCCGCGUGGUAAUCACCAUCCAGCCGCACCGACGCAACUCACACACUUCAGUAUUAUACAAAAGUUAAUAAAUAUCUAUUAUGUCAUUUCAAGCAUGCAUUCUCCUUUUAUAAUUGUCUGGAGACAGUUACACAUAACAAUAUAUUCUAACAAUGUAUUCAACCGUAUAAAAUAUAUUUCAUAACAAUAUUUGUUUCAAGUGAAUUGUAUUUAUAUAUUUUACACAAAUUUUAUCCGACUCUUGAGUAUUCGACUCCAGUUACCACUCCCUCGCUCCCUCUUUCAAUGCUUUUAAAUAUUGAUUAAAAAAAUAAUUAGUGUAAUAAUUGUUAUAAAUUGUGCCCAAUAGGUGGCAGCAAAGCCAAACUGAGGAAAAGACCACAGUAAAUUUAUUUUUUGACAUCUUUAAUUCUUUCCUGCAAUACAUUUGCCACAAUGUUAAAGAGUAAAUACAUCUUAAAUAGUUAACAGUUGACAGUUUCCCAAAUUCCUUUGACAUUUCCUCUUUCCACAGUUUGCAAGGGAGAAACAAGCCCUCAAGACCACCUUGUGCAAAUUCCCAAAUGGUCCAUAAUAUAGUCUAAGCCAUGCUUGCCCAAAUAUAGCAGUGGUUUUCUGGCUGGGUGUUCCGGUUGCAACAACGACAAUAAAAUCUCUAAUGUACUGGGAAUUUAAUGCAUAGAUUUGUGUCUGUUCUACUUUAUAAAGAUAAGCAAGUAAAAAUGACAUGGCUGUCAGUAGGCCUAUGUUAACACAAAAUCGUUUUUCUGGGGAGAAAGUUGAACCGAUUUGAACUCACUUUAAAAGGCCUUUAAAAAAUGUAAUCAUAAUCUAUACAUUUAGGAAUGUCGAAAGAAAUCCAUCAUUUUAAGAUUGUGUAAAUUAAUUUAAACACAUGGCUUUUUUUUUUGCUGAAUCGUCCGUCAGUACUGAAAUCCAUCAAGAGACCUUUCAUUUUACAUCCCGGCUGACAAAACCUCACAGAACACUCAGCAAGACAACAUUAUCACAGUCUUCACGAUGUACAGAAUUAGUGGAUGAUUUGUUUUAAAGUCUUUUUUUGUAGUGGGACAAGCUUUUCUUUUCUGUACAAAUCAGAUUCUAACCGAGACAGACUCCUGCUUGACGACACCUCCAUGACCCCUCAGCCUACAAGACGCAUUCAACUAUAUUAUUAUGAGUACAUAAAAUGACAAGGGCUUUCAUCUGUAAAUCCUAACAAAAAGUCGACGGGUCAGAAGUUGCACGUGAUUAACCAAAAAUCCCCUUUUCCCCAUAUUUAUUUCGGAUCAACUCUGAGAGAUUCUCAAACUAUCGCUCUUUAAACUACAAAACACAAAAGAAUGGCCCAGGAAAUAUUGACCCCUUUCUAUUGGUGUAUUGAAGGCUUAGUAGAGAUCUUUUCUUUGUUUAGACGUUAAUACUAUACUGUACAGUGCAGGUCUCCCACUUAUCAACCUUUCCAGUCAUACACAGAAUCCAACAGAUACAACACAGAGCACACAGCCAUAUAGUCCCGGAGCGGGGUUCGCACCUAUGUGAGGUACCGAGUCACCAACCCGUACGAGAAAGGAACCACCACCGACAUGGAGGCAGUGAGCAGAUGAACCCAGGAGGCGGACAGGUUAGUCAAUGUUAAAAAAUAAAGCAGUGCACACCCCAUGAUCAAAAAAUCCAUCACACAGUAUCAGCUCUGGUGAGCCCAGGUGGCCGUUGCAGACAGAGAGAAACAGACUGAGGGUAUUGUGGUGUGUGGCAGAAAAAAAUAAAACAGAGGUCGUUUUCCCCACCCCCCAGUGCUGAUGACGGGCCUGACCUCGGGUUUAAGGGCAGCCCCAAAAACACACGAAAAGGACAAAUGGGACUUUUUUUCUUGACCCGAAAGAAUUCCUGAGCCUUAAAAGCCGACUAAUGCCCGUGCGGUUUUACCUUGUGGUCCGACACAAGAUUCCUCAUCGUGCACGCAUCUAGAUGAAGGAGGGACAGAAGAGAAGCAGGAGGGAACCACAACGGUCGCUUUCCUGGUUUAAGUCACAGUCUUUUGUCUGAGCGGUCGUGUUGGCAUGGCGUCGUUCAGAAAGGCAGACGGUUUGGAAACAGUCUAUGUCACAGCAGGUGAUGUCAUGUCCUGUACCUCUGCACGCUCGCAGGAAGUGAAGACCCAAAACCAAAGCAAAAAACACACUGAGAAAAAAUAACUAAAUGGGAGAAGAGAUGGUUUAUUCCAGAUCCCUUGACCUCAGGACAGUAAACAAUGCUAUUGCACCAGAUCUCACACACACACACACACACACACACACACACACACACACACACACACACACACACACACACA